AUGGCGGGCUUUGACCGGAUAGGGCAACUCAUAAGCGCCGGCGAUGGCCUCAACGGCGCAGACAUAUCACGCGCAACGUCGCCCGGUGCAGACUGGCAGGACAGCAAUGGAGAAGCCAACGGCAAGGAGAGGCCGCCCCGCAACCGCCCCCGGACCUUCCCUUACACCAAGUACCUUCCCUACGAGGCCGAGAAUGACGCCGACAGGUUAGAGAAUCUCGACACUUGCAUAAAGCAGCUUUAUAUUGCGGUAUCUGCUGGGGAUUUCUCGCCGGGCGCGGUGCACUGGACGAGGGAAAUUCGGGGAUGGCUGUCGCUGAAGUUCGACCUGCCGCGCGAAACGCGGGUCAAGCUGAUCCGGCUCUACUAUGAGCUUGCGUUAGCUCCCGGGCUAGACUACCUUGUAGCAGAACGCUUUGCCAGCAUGUUCAUGGUCCUCACCAAGCGCAAACACUAUCUACGACCCGGUAGAGACCUCGCUUUGGAUUGGAGACCGCUUUACAAGGAACUCAAGCUAUUCGUGCUCCCGUCUGAAUCUGGAGCAACCACUCUUACGAAUGUUAAGCGCAAUAUCCGAACGAUCACGAAGCUAUGUACUUUCGCGCAGUUGUACUUCGACCCGAAGGAGAUUCCCGCAAUGCUCGAAGAGAUCCUGCCGUUCUUCAGCACCUCGUUCGCCGAAGGUGCCUAUGUGGUCGUAGGACUGCUGAAUUUGAUCUUGCCUACCACACCGGCUCCCGCAGACCGUCCGGAUCUACAACCGCAACACUUUCUACCGACUUUCUUCCACUUAUGGUCCAUUGUGAACCGCUCCAAGCUGUUCGACGUACACCUUAUCGACAUCUGCUCGAGGCUCGCGCGCGAUCAAUUGCCCUCGAAAGCCGUUCCUUUCAGUGAAUAUGGACUCUUUACGAGGGACCAGUCUCAGCUUAUCUUCACCGCUAUUCUUCGGUUGCUGGAGAUUCCGGUUGGGCAGUCCACAUCUCCAUACAGUUCGACCGUGGAUAUCAGCGCGGGCCUGGCCAUUAUGCUAGAUAGGGAUUUGCGCAAGCACCCCGUCGCACACCAUAUCGCUAGAUGGAUAGUGAUGUCCCUGUCUCCGGCCUGUCUUGACAAGCCCGAUUCCAUUCUGGCGAACCUUGAAGGUGUCAUACAGGCGAUCGAGACAUUUUACCAUCCGUCGAACUCUGGCGGCUGGACGAGGACUCUGUCGCAACUUGUCUACUAUCUUGCAGAUUUCUUCGUCAUGCGUUGGAACCGCGAGCAUAGCGGCGAGAUGGAGGUUCCAGAAGAGCGCCGACUCAACGAUGCGGUUAAGAAGAGGUUCGUCUUGUGUUUGAGAGACGUCAUCUUCAUGGGUAUUUUUGCCAAGAGCGGGACUGCGAUCAAUUUCUCCCUGUCUACGCUUCAGUGUCUGGCCUACCUGGAGCCGAACUUGAUUUUACCUGGUGCCUUGCAGCGUAUCUAUCCGGCUAUGCAAGGCCUCGUUGAGGUUCAUCGCACGAUUUCCUCGAUCAGAGCCUUGCACAUGUUGUCCAAGACGAUGGCCAGAACAAAGGGUUACCGUUGCCACAUCACUACGCUUCUUAGUCUUGCGCUACCCGGUAUUGAUGCCAAUGAUUUGGAGAAGACAUUGCACACAUUGAGUUACAUUCAGUCUGUGUCUUACAUCAUACCUUUCCAUGACCUCACCAAGGAGAAGAAGGACGCCCCUGCAGUUCAGCAUAAGGGUGCCGAUUAUUUGAUGGCAGGCAAUGGUGAUAUGGAAGGCCGUCGGUCGGGUGCCGAGACGCCAAUGAUAGAAGUCGCAGAGAGCAGCCCGGACUUGGCGCUUCAGUGGAUAUCUGGCCAGGUUGAACGUCUGGAAAGAGAAGGUGCCGGCAUCGAAUUUGACUACGAAACCGAACUCUCAAACCAGGAAGAAGAGGCUAUUCUGAGGUCAUCCACCACAGGGUUUGCUGAAUUUCUCAUAACCUUCCUCGGCCGGGUUUUCACGUUACUGGAGAAUCUUCCUGAUGCUUCCCGCGUUCGGAGCGGCUCUCCUGAGGAGAAUGUGGUCAACACUCUGCCAGCGGCUUUUACUCCGCUUUUGGCUGCUCUUUCGCCAGAGUUGUUUGAUGUCGCGCUCGACAAGAUUGCGAACUUCGUAACAAACCACGUUAUUCACCAGGCUCGGGAUGCCAUGGCUUUCAUCUGCAAUGGGCUUGUAAAGAUCAACCCUCAAAAGACUUUGAAGCGCCUCUUGCCCGACCUUCUUGCUGGUAUUCGUACCGAAAUUGGGGAGAAUGGUGCUGGCUCUACGAGAACUACGGGAUCUGAAGUCCUACCUAAGGACAGAGCCCUUGUGUGGAACAUCAGCUUGCUCAGUAUGUGCGUCGUUCACGUUGGUGACGCUGUCUUGCAAUACAAGAAGGAGCUUUUCGACAUUGCGAAGUAUAUGCAAGAUAACUGCCGUGGCAUUCCAACUGUGCACGUCUCCAACUUCAUUCAUCAUCUACUUUUGAACCUCACUUGCAUCUACACGGUCGACUACGCUAUUUUCGAGAAGGCAGACCUGGAAAGGGGUCUCACAACGAAUGAUUGGGGCAAGAUUGGUGACGCAAAGAACAUCACGGUCAAGUGGCACGUACCAAGUGCGGAAUGCAUAACCUUUGCAGUUGAUCUGUUCGAAGCACAAGUCAAGAGCGCUAUGAAUUCUCUUAAUGCGCUUACGAGCGACAACCCGCCCGUCAAGAGAGACGGUACGGGUAAGGAGUGGUCUGAUGAGAUGUCACGGAAUCUAGUCCUACUCCGGUUAAUCAUCUCUGGUGUCUCUUGCCUCUUCGAUUCAAAAUACCCUUUCCCGAAGGACGCAAAGCCAUCUAAGGACAAUGAUGUUGAAAUGAAGGAUUCCGACAACCAAGAAGCCGCCGAGGACGAUGGAAACCUGGGCGAGGCUGAUGAUGAUGAGGUCAGGCCAACGUUCCAAUAUGAGGUUGGCUAUCCUUUGCCACGCGACAAGUCAAACGACCAAUACCGCUUGUUGCACGAGCUUCGUCAGGAAGUUGGCCACACCCUUCAUCGUAUUCAUCAGUUCCUCCUUGAGAGGCAGGAAGACGAUGUUCCUUGUUUCAACUCGUUGUACAACGCCUACCGUUCCUGGUUCAUCGACGUUGGUAUUGAGAGGUCCGCGCAUGUUCUUGACCGAGUCACUCGUUUGCUCACAGCCGAUGAGCACCCCUUCAAAGUCAGUGGUCUCAGGAAAGAAUACCCCCGACCUCUGCUUGUCAGGCGCGCAUAUGUAUACCAUUUGCAGCGUUUGCGGCACAAUGCUAGCCCCAGGGAACGCACAGAACUCGAGGCCCAACUGCUUCUGGACCUCGCACAGUCUAGUGUCUCUCUGUACACGGAGAUUCGACGCACCGCUCAGAGUGCAAAUGAGUCAGCCGUCAAGUGCAUCAUCGGAUCCAGACCUCUCGUCAUUCCCCCUCUCCUCGAAGCGUUCGAAAAGGCGGUCAAGGAAAAUGACUUCCCGCGCAUCAAGGGUGCUAUGUUCUCGUUAUUGUUCGGAAGCCUUGCGAAGACGAUUUCGAGAAACUGGAAAUUCACUCCAGCGCUCAUCAGGGCAUUUAUCGAGGUCACUGAUGCCGACAAGCCAUCAGUUCAAAAGUUGGUUUCCAAUGCCACAUUCCAAAUUAUGGAUAUGGGUAAGCCUUUAGAGCGUAUGGUAAUCCUCGACGAAGAGGUCGUCCAGGCUAUUGUGAGCCACGUCAACAAAGACGAAAUCGAGGGACUCAAUCCGAAGGUAUCGGCGAAGAGAGACGUGGUGAAGAAGAAGCGCAACAGGGUUGAGGCCAAGAAAGCGGAGCUGUCUGAUGAGUUGGUGGAGUCGGCACGCAACUCACACUGGAAGAAGGCAAUCCGGACUGCUACUGUUGUCAUCAACCUUGGCAUGCGCUUUGACAACAUUGCGUCAGAGGGCAUGAUUGACCUCGCAACAAAGGGUUCGAUUGAUCCUCAUCCCAGCUUGCGCGGUCUUUAUGCAGGCGCCCUAGUUGGUUUCUUCCAACUCGUCCAGACUCGUGCUCUAGCAAGCCACAGCUACGAGCAAUAUCUUCUGCAAGAAGAACGCAUCCCGGAAAAGAUUGAAGUGCCGACACGUCCCGAGGACCCCUCAUGGACAGGUGAAUAUUUGGCUAGCUUUGCAAAGCCCGAAGCGAGUUAUUUUGUGGACUUCGAUUACCCGGGCUGGCUGGUGUGGAACAAGACUAUGCCAGCAUUCGAGGUUGAGUCUAAGGGCCUCGGCUACGAUGAGGUUGAGACCAAAGUUCGUACACAGAUUGGUAAGAUCUUGGACAGGAACUGGUUCUCUACCUACUUUGCCUACAUGAAGCAAGAGCCGAGGGAUUCGAGUUCAGAUCGUUUCCGCAUGUCAAGCGCCAUCAUGUUGACGCAUGCAUUUGAGUUGGUUUUCGCUGGCUUGACAACUGCGACGUUCGAAGACAUCAAAGACCUUGCCCAGUCUGUCUAUGGCGAUGGAACUGACAAGCACCAACAUAGAGCCACCGCCGAGAUUAUGGGCGCGCUUCUUUGCUGCGCGCCUGAUCUGAAGAAAGAGCUUACUACCAUGAUCUGGGAGUAUAUCUUCCCACUGGUCAGUGGUAUCUUCGAGAAUGGUCUUACGCCCGAGAACUCUGGAUACUGGGCGUCUUUUGUGCACAUUGCUCUUCAAGGAAAGGAUCCACGCAGGAGCUGGCCUCUAAUUGAUCGACUCGCGGCAUUCCGUCUUGACAUGUCAUCGAGCCAGGCCUUCAAAGAGAGCUCCAAGAUCAACCUUCUGCAGCAGUGUAUUCUCGACUGCGGUUGGCACUUCCAAUUGGCAAAGCCCAUUCUCGAAGAUUUCAUGAACCAUCUUGACCAUCCGUACAAGGCUGUGCGAGAGGCUAUUGGUCAGACUAUUUCGAGCAUCUACCACACCAGAUACCACGAGUCGCAUCCGAACGUCAAGACGCUUAUGGAGAGGCAGAACUCUGCAUCCUCCAUCGGUGUCAGACCUUACCAGCCUGAUGAGAAGUUCUCGGAAACCAUUACGACUGUUUUCAACAGGCUCGAGCAAUGGCGGAAAGAACGUACGCCUGGUGAUCAAAACCCCACCUCGUACACUCAGGCUGGCAAGACCGUGUUGCUGUGGCUCGACUCUACACUCUCUUCGUACGAAUGCACGCAGCUUGUGCCAUUCUUCCCGAACGUCUUCAUGGAGCAGUUACUGCACAUGAUGGAUGUGAAGGAGGACCCGGAGCUGCAAUCCCUUGCUUAUCACGUCUUCCGUCAUCUUCCAAACAUCCCCCACCGUGCUGGCGAGGACGAAGAGUUCAUCAAUGCCAUGAUCCGCAUUGGUCGUAACGCCUCGUCGUGGCACCAGCGCCUACGCAUCCUCAUCAACAUCCAGGUCAUCUACUUCAGACGCCUCUUCCUGAUGACGCAGAACCAGCAGCAGGCUCUCUUCGAUUGUGUCUCCGCCAUGCUGGGUGACGCACAGCUCGAGGUCCGCCUUGGCGCACAGACAACCCUCUCCGGCAUGAUACGCUGCAGUCCCAUCGGCUUCCGCAACCGCCAAGUCGACGACCUGCGCGCCCGCUUCACAGACAUGCUGCGCAAGAACCCGCUGCCGAAGCGCCGUGCGCCAGGCACUCCGACGCCCGAACAGAACAAGCUCAUGCUCGUCCGCCAUGCCGCCGUUCUUGGUCUCGGCGCACUCAUCCAGGCGUUCCCGUACACGAGCCCCCCGCCUGCGUGGCUUCCGGAGGUGCUGGCCACGCUGGCGCUCAAGGCUGCAGGCGACUCGGGAACGGUUGGCAAGAGCGUCAAGUCCAUUCUCGCGGACUUCAAGAAGACCAGGCAGGAUACCUGGCAUGUGGAUGUCAAGGCUUUCGAACCGGAGCAGCUGGAGGACUUGGAGGGCGUGCUGUGGAAGAGCUACUUUGCUUAG